AUGGAAGGUAAAUUCGAAAAGCUAGAUUUGAUUAUUGAUAAAUUGAAAAUUAAAAAGUACAAAAAGUUUGUUAAAGUUUCUGAAAAAGAGAUAAAAAAAUAUACAGAGCAAGAACUUAUUCAAGAAGACAAUUAUAUAUGUGAUGGUUAUAAUUUUGUUCAAUAUUAUAAUAAUAAGAAUUACAAAUUUGAUCGUCGGAUAGUAUUUUAUAUUAAUUUGUCAAAUCCUGAUUCCCUACAAUUAAUAAAGAAGUCGGGUUAUUGUGUAGAAUACACAACUUUUCUUAACGAAGCAAUUUUUCAUCCUAUAUGUAAAAGCCUAUGGAAACGAACUAAAUAUUUUGAAGACAUAUCUAUUCUUGAAUCACUAUCAUCCGGUAGAAGAAUAAUUACUUAUGAUAAUGUACAUACAAGUUACCUUCGAAAUGAACCAAAUCUUUUAUAUUUAUUAUCUCAUUUUAUUGAUCAAUCAACUUUCUUUUUUGAUAAUUUAUCAUUUCUUGUAGACAAGUCUUUCUUUAAUAAUGAUGUUUCAGAAAAUUUUUUUAUUAAAUUAAUUAAUAUUCUUAGAAAUUUUGGUGCUAUUGUAUAUCAUAGAAAGGCACAACUUUAUGAUAAUAAAAAUGUAAUAGUUUUAACUGAUUUAUCAAGUAGUAAAAUUGAUGAUAAUGUCAAAACUUUUUAUGAUGUCAAAAUAGCUCAUAUCAAUUUAGUAUACGAUAGUAUUUGGCAUAAAAAAGUUGUAGAUAUGGAUCCUUAUCUUUUGUAG